AUGAGUACGGCCAAAGUUUCAUCAGAACUAAUUUCAUUAGAAAAGAAAUCAGACAUAGAACCACUUGACCCAGUUUUAGAAGUUAAUGAAAAUGUAGCCAGCGAAAUAUUUGAUCGUCCUCACGAAGAAGGCGAAUUUGAGGAAAUACCACCGAAAAUCUUCGGCUUGAAAGAUAUUUCAGAGCCUUUAUCUAUAGAGUCGUUGAAUAAUGCAAUCUAUGAACUUGGAGUGAUUAAUCUUUGCUGGCCCGAAAUUAAUGAGCCCGUAUUUGAAACGCGCACCUGCUUUCCUAAAAGUUAUUAUACUAAUACGAAUAAAGAAAGGCUUCUAUUGGCAUACGCUGAAAAUUUUAGACGACAAUUUCUAUUUUAUUAUAAAUACAGAAGGCCUUUGUUUUUACAAGCACCAAACGAAUGUGGCCUACAAAAAAUGGUGUGUACGACGAUACGACCCACAAAGCUGUGUUUUGCUGACACUACGACAUGGCAGGGGCUUUCAUCGUUGGUUUCUGAUUAUUUUGAUUAUGAACCACUGAGCAAACCCAUGCUACACGUAAGUAUUGUUUAUGUCCGU